AUGCUUGGUUUUGACAGAAAACAUGUGCUAACAAAGAAUGGAUCAGAAAAAUGGAAGUUCUUUCACUGGAUUUAUCCUACUGGGUUUCUCUGAGAGGCCUCAGCUGGAGCUAGUCCUCUUUGUGGUUCUUUUGAUCUUCUAUAUCUUCACUUUGCUGGGGAACACAACCAUCAUUGUAUUGUCUCACUUGGACCCACAUCUUCACACCCCUAUGUAUUUUUUCCUCUCCAACCUAAGCUUUCUGGAUCUGUGUUACACUACCAGCAUUGUUCCACAGCUCCUGGUUAAUCUCAGGGGAGCAGACAAAUCAGUCUCCUAUGGUGGUUGUGUAGUUUAGCUGUACAUCUCUCUAGGCUUGGGAUCUACAGAAUGCGUUCUCUUAGGAGUGAUGGCAUUUGACCGCUAUGCAGCUGUUUGCAGGCGCCUCCACUACACAGUAAUCAUGCACCCUCGACUGUAUGUGCUGAUGGCUUCUACUUCAUGGCUCAUUGGUUUUGACAACUCCCUAUUGCAGACGGUGCUCAUUUUCCUUUUACCACUUUGUGGAAGAAAUAAAUUAGAACACUUUCUUUGUGAGGUUCCUCCAUUGCUCAAGCUUGCCUGUGUUGACACUACUAUGAAUGAAUCUGAACUCUUCUUUGUCAGUGUCAUCAUUCUUCUUGUACCUGUUGCAUUAAUCAUAUUCUCCUAUAGUCGGAUUGUCAGGGCAGUCUUGAGGAUAAAGUCAGCAACAGGGCAGAGAAAAGUGUUUGGGACAUGUGGCUCCCACCUCACAGUGGUUUCCCUGUUCUACGGCACAGCUAUCUAUGCUUACCUCCAGCCCAGCAACAACUACUCUCAGGAUCAGGGCAAGUUCAUCUCUCUCUUCUACACCAUCAUUACACCCAUGAUCAACCCCCUUAUAUAUACACUGAGGAACAAGGAUGUGAAAAGAGCACUUAAGAAGGUGCUCUGGAAGGACUAUGACUCCAGAUGA